AUGACCUAUCCCAAGGUCGAGGAGUUCGCUGCUCGUACCGGCAUGACCGAUGAGGUCGAGUUAAUCAAGAAAGGCGCUCUCGUUGCGCAGAACCCCGGCAACUACGAGAACGUGACUGAUCUCGACGAUGCGGAGAGAGAAGCUCUCCAUGUCGAAGUGACCAAAAAAUGGCGCCACCCAAAGCAACUCUACAUUACCGUCGCAGUCUGCUCAAUUGGCGCUGCCGUCCAGGGGUGGGAUCAAACAGGAUCUAAUGGUGCCAACCUUUCUUUCCCCGAGGUUUUUGGUCUCGACACGCCCAAGGGUCAACCUGGUUAUGAACGGGACUUUUGGAUCAUUGGUCUUGUCAACGCCGCUCCCUAUAUCGGUAGUGCUUUUCUCGGCUGCUGGCUUUCGGACCCCUGCAACUAUUACCUCGGUCGACGUGGAACCAUCUUCGCCUCUGCGAUCAUUCUCAUAGCCACCCCUCUAGGUGGUGCAUUCAGCAAGACCUGGGAACAGCUAUUCGCCAGCCGCAUCAUUAUGGGUAUCGGAAUGGGUCUGAAGGGUGCAACUACGCCAAUCUUCGCCGCGGAAAACUCCCCGGCUCCCAUUCGUGGCGCCUUGGUCAUGACCUGGCAAUUCUGGACGGCUUUUGGUAUCUUCAUGGGUACGGCGUUCAACUUGGCGGUAUACUAUGCCGGUAGCAUCGGAUGGCGCCUCCAGAUUGGGUCCGCUUUCAUCCCAGCGAUCCCGUUGGCGGCUCUGGUCUAUCUUUGCCCAGAAAGCCCUCGAUGGUAUAUCAAGCACAAUAAGCAUCGGAAAGCUUACGAAUCAUUGCGGAAGCUUCGAAGACACCCGCUUCUCGCCGCCAGAGAUCUCUACUACAUUUCUACCCAGAUCGAGAUCGAACAUGAAAUAGUAGGCGACUCGAGCUAUGUCUCUCGCUUCUUCCAACUCUUUACCAUUCCUCGACUGCAGCGCGCAACUCUGGCCUCGUUCGUCGUCAUGAUCGCCCAGCAGCUCUGUGGUAUUAAUAUCAUGGCGUUCUACUCGUCAACGAUAUUUGCGAGUUCUGGCGCUUCAGAUAUCGAAGCUUUACUCGGCUCAUUCGGUUUCGGCGGUAUCAACUUUCUUUUCGCGAUUCCGGCCUUCUUCACGAUUGAUACUUUUGGACGUCGAUCUCUACUCCUUUUCACAUUCCCCCAAAUGGCCUGGACACUGCUAGCCGCCGGAUUUGCCUUUUACAUUCCAGAAAGUAAUCAGAGUGCUCGGUUGGGUGUCAUUGCGUUGUUCAUAUAUCUCUAUGCAGCAUUCUACUCACCCGGAGAAGGCCCGGUGCCAUUCACCUACUCUGCCGAGGUUUUCCCGCUUUCGCACCGAGAAGUUGGGAUGGGCUGGGCCGUUGCAACCUGUCUCUUCUGGGCAGCGGUACUGAGCUUGACCUUUCCCAAGAUCCUCGAAGCUUUCACACCAACAGGUGCUUUCGGAUUCUUCGCAGGCUUGAACAUGGUUGCACUUCUUAUGAUUUUUUUGUGGGUACCGGAGACCAAGCAACGAUCCCUCGAGGAGCUUGAUUACAUCUUCGCUGUGCCAACUCGCAGGUUCAUCAAGUACAACGUUGGUACCUGGCUCCCUUGGUUUAUCAAACGGUACAUCUUCUUCAACAAGGACGCCGAGCUCAAACCCCUGUACCACUUUGAUGCCGGCAUCGUUGCGGAUUAUAGCGCGCAAGAGAAGCGUGAGCGUGAUCCGAAUAGAAGGACUUCUCACCCUGUUCAUCAAAAUGAAACUGAGCAGGUGUAA